AAAGAUAUUUAUAUAGCACGGAAGGACGUGGCCGAGCCCUUACUAUUUCGGGUCAAAACCCUAGCUGCUAUUAAUCAACAUCGCUCAGUAAUUUCUACCGUCUGUUUGUUCUUGCAUAUUACCCAGCGCUUAUUCUCAGUAUUUAGUCCAUAUUUUGCAAUGGCUGGUCGACGGGAUAGCUAUGGGAAGCGGUCUCAUUCUCAGUCAGAUUACAGUGAAAACGGGGGGAAUAAAAGGAGAAAUACUAGAAGUGACAAGGAUCCUUUCUCUAUUGGCCCUGAGGAUACAGUAUAUCGGUACUUGUGUCCAGUAAAGAAGAUUGGCAGCAUCAUAGGUAAAGGUGGGGAGAUUGUUAAACAAUUAAGGGUGGAUACUAAAUCAAAAAUUAGAAUUGGAGAGACAGUACCUGACUGUGACGAACGUGUUGUCACCAUCUACAGCUCAAGUGAAGAAACAAAUGAGUUCGAUGACACUGAAGAUCGUGUUUGUCCAGCUCAGGAUGCCCUUUUCAGAGUAUAUGAUAAAAUUAUCAGUGAUGACACUAUUGAUGAGAAUUCCGAGGAAGCAUCACAGGUUACUGUUAAGCUCCUAGUACCUUCAGAUCAAAUUGGAUGUAUUAUUGGGAAAGGGGGACAGAUAGUUCAGGACAUUCGAAGUGAAACUGGUGCUCAGAUCCGUAUUUUGAAAGAUAAGCAUUUGCCUGCAUGUGCAUUGAGCUCAGACGAACUUGUGCAGAUAUCUGGUGAAGUUGCUGUAGUGAGGAAGGCUCUCUUUGCAAUUGCAACUCGUCUUCACAAUAAUCCAUCUCGUACACAACACAUUCUAGCCUCCGAUGCACCAACUGUCUACUCUUCACGCAGUUCACUUAUAGGUCCUGCUGGUGGUGCUCCAAUAGUGGGAAUAGCUCCGCUAGUGGGGCCGUAUGGGGGUUACAAAGGGGAGAGUGGUGACUGGUCAAGGACUUUCUACUCAGCUCCAAGGGAUGAAUCAUCUUCAAAGGAAUUUUCUCUUCGUUUAGUGUGUCCUGCUGCAAAUAUCGGAGGUGUUAUUGGCAAAGGUGGUGUCAUAAUAAACCAAAUUAGACAAGAGUCUGGUGCAGUGAUCAAGGUUAAUAGUUCUAAUGCUGAAGGUGACAAUUGUGUGAUUAAUAUUUCUGCAAAAGAGUUUUUUGAGGACACAUAUUCUCCCACAAUUGAAGCAGCACUGCGCUUGCAACCAAGGUGCCGUGAGGAAGUGGAACGGGAUUCAGGUCUUGUAUCAGUCACCACAAGGUUGCUGGUUCCAGCAUCUCGAAUUGGCUGUCUUAUUGGGAAAGGAGGAUCCAUAAUUAAUGAGAUGAGGAAAAUCACAAAAGCUAAUAUUCGCAUUCUCUCGAAGGAAGACCUUCCGAAGGUUGCAUCUGAAGAUGAUGAGAUGGUACAGAUAUCAGGAGAUCCCGAUGCUUCAAAGGAUGCACUCAUGCAAGUAACAUCACGUUUAAGGGCUAAUCUUUUUGAAAAAGAGGGACCCAUGUCUGCCUUUGUGCCAGUUCUCCCCUACCUCCCCAUGUCAACAGAUUCAGAUACCUUGAAAUAUGAACACAGAGAUACUAGGAGACAUGCACGCGAACAUUCCUACUCAGCUGGUUAUGGUGGUACUAGUGAUCUUCCACAUGCUGAUGGUUUUGGAAGUUAUGGUACUCUCCAGAGUAGUAGUAGUGUAGGAUAUGGGGCAUAUGAAGGAUAUUCUCCUGCUUAUCCAAAAGAAGGAUAUUCUUAUGGGCGUUCCAGUGGAUCUGGGUCAUCAAGGCAAAACUCUGCCCCUCGGAGAAAAAGUUAUGGUUACUAGAGCUUGUAACAGGACCACAGCCGAGAUAUCUGAAGCCUGAAGCCUGCCUACUGUCACCUUUGAUGAAGCCACAUUGCCUAAACCAGAUGACCAGAUGAAUGCGGACAUCAAAAAUCAUUGCCUACCUUGAUGUUUUCCUUAGCAGGACCAUAUCCGAAGAUCUUACCUACUAUCGAAAUUUGCCAUGCCCUGACACCAUAUACUUCCAAGCUCAAAUUCUUGUGCUUCCAAGAACCUGUGUAGCCAGCGGCCUCACCCUUUCUUCCCUUUUAUAGUUGUACUAUAGAUGAAUUCAACUCUUAAAUCUCGGCCAUGUGUCCUGAUGUCUUGUUUUCAGUUUAUUUAUUUGUAUGAAUCUACUGUUAGCUGGACCUGUCUUUUAGAUGCUCUAGAUGGUGCAGAUUUCCAAUUGUGUUUUCUGGUUUUGAUUAUGAUGCAAUGUUGGGAUACAACCUUUCAAAAUGUCUUUAGUAGUAUUGCUAUAUUACUUACUAGAAAGCCUACUACAUGUUUCUUUGUUAUGUGAUAAUAUUCAAUCAUGAUUUGUGAAAAUCCUUUCCAUUUUAUGGGCAAAAGUUCUUGCUAAAAGUAGAUCGCUCUUCUGAAGAGGAUGUAGUGGCUAUGAGAAUGUGCAUACAGCUUAAUCUACAGGGGCAGUUCUCUGUAGACACCGGAUCUUCAAUGCACUGAUCUGUGUGAUUUAGUGGUGCAAGAUGUUUGAGUAUGCCAAAAUGCAGUGAUAUAAUUUUCACUGCCUUUCACUGUGGAAUCUGAUAGCUUUUGGGAGUACUGGUUGGAAUUAAAUUGAAGCAGGUAAAAAUCUCAUGGUAAGUCUCAUAUUCUUUUAUGAUAUGCUUACUUUUGUUAUAUAAGAUUCACCUAUCAAACCAAAAAAACAUCUAUGAUACGAUUUGGCUGCAAGCUCUGAUAUUUAUUGCAAUGAAUUAACAUAUUUAGUGGAAUUUACACCUUUAUGCAAAGAUACGUAGUCGUAUUUUCUAUGCGUUUGUUUGAUGAGAAUGUUGUUUCAAAAUCUGCUCCAAUUUGAAGUUAAGCCAUCUCUUCUUCGUCUGUUGGAUACAGUCAGUUAGUUUACUUGUUUUGCUGAUGCCUUCUAUUAUUGCUCCUCGUAUGCAAUGCUCCAUUAUUUGUUCUUUCUUAUUGAGAGUGGUGGUGGUUGAGUUGGAGGGGGAGGCUGUUUCUUGAAGAAGAGUAUUUUAGUGACAUUAGAGGAUACUUGUUUACAAAGACAAAUCAAAUCAUGGGGUAUGAGAAGAUUAUCUCUUAACAAGUAUUGCAACCCCCCUUUCCCGACACAGUUUCUUUGAAUCCCUCCUGGUGUGAAGGGUACACAGGUUUGGAAGUUGUUCUAGGUAGUUGAUUGACUGGAGUUGCAUCAGGGUGUGGUAUAGUGCCUCCUUAUAUGGCACAGUUGUUUUGCAGGGCGAUAGAUCUUUGGUCUUUUGUAAAUUUUUUUCUUUGAUGUAAUAAUCAAGUAUUUGUAAAUAAAACCAUUUGGACGUAA